GGGAUCGCUGCAGGUUGGGCAGGUUUUCAGCUUACAGUUACCGGCCGCAGCAGCAGAGGAUGAACGGGGCUCUGGGAAAGAUGCUGUGUCUGAGGAACGAUAUCAUUUUUAAGCAAGCCUUUUCUCUCUUAAGGGUCAGAACUUCAGGAGAAAAUCCCAUCAGUUCUGCAGGUGGCAUUCUGCUGAGUACCAGUCGGCACUACAAGACAAGGCCUACCCAUGGCAUUGGAAGAUACAAGCAUCUAGUGAAACCACAGGAGCCCAAGAAGAAGAGGGCAAAAGUGGAAGUGAGACCCAUUAAUUUGGGGACAGAUUAUGAAUAUGGGGUUUUAAACAUUCACCUGACUGCAUAUGACAUGGCUGUGGUGGAGAGUUAUGCCCAAUAUGUUCACAACCUCUGCAACCAUCUAUCCAUUAAAGUUGAGGAAAGUUAUGCUAUGCCCACCAAAACCAUGGAGGUGUUACAGCUACAGGACCAAGGCAGCAAAAUGCUCCUGGACUCAGUUCUCACCACCCAUGAGCGAGUGGUUCAGAUCAGCGGUUUGAGUGCUACAUUUGCAGAGAUUUUCUUGGAAAUAAUCCAAAGCAAUCUUCCCGAAGGAGUCAGAUUAUCAGUGAAGGAGCACACUGAAGAAGACUUCAAAGGAAGGUUCAAAGCUCGGCCAGAACUGGAAGAACUGUUGGCCAAGUUAAACUAGCUCACUGCAGACUCUCGUGUCAGGACUCGUGAUGUUGAGUGGUCAAUGUUAAGCAGAAGACCCUGACUUUUAGCUAUCAUAACUACCCGUCCCCAUUAGCCAGGAAUGCCUCCUCUCUUAUAUGGAGGAGUGCUUGCCAAUUGUCACCACUUUCCUUUGGGCCAACCUAAGACAUUCUCCAUCUAAUAAAAAUCUGCAGCUGAA